UGUUAUUUUAAUUUGUAUUGCUGUUUUACGGGAAGACUGCAAUUAAAAGCAAAAGUAUUUUAAUUUCUGUCUCUUUUUAUUUUGAAGUUUGCUCAAAAUUUUAAUGACAUUAUUUGCAGAUAUUUUGGAAGAUGGCAGCUCGUUUGUUGGCCGCUUUGCAUCAGAUGAGGUCGUUUUAGUGUACUCGUAGGUUUCAGAGAGGAAGUGGCAAAAGCGAGAUAGGAUCGCCUUAUCUUGUGUCGGAUCCCAUCAAUAGGAGUCAUGCAAUAAGCCCUUUUUCUUUCUGCACUAUUAACAUACAUACUUAGGUGCUGCAUGCACAUUAAUGAGGGAAAAAAAAUAAAAGAUUUUCGCUAAUGUCUGCACUGUAAUGAAAUUUUUAAAGGGGUCUGAAUACUUUCCGCAUCCCCUGGAUAUACUCUAUGUGUAGUGUGUGUGUGCCUUACAGUUCUGAGGACCGGGGUUCAAAUCCCGGCCCCGCCUGUGUGGAGUUUGCAUGUUCUCACCGUGCCUGAGUGGCUUUUCUCCCUCGUGAGGAUAAGCUGCUUGGAAAAUGAAUGUGUGUGUGUGUGUGAGAGGUAUACAGGAUGCUGGUGUGAUGUCAAAGUAACAAAAAAAAUUAAUAAUGAAUAAAAAUAAGGGGGUGGGGUGGGGAUCAAGAAUCAAGAGAAUGUUUUUUUCCCCUUUCAGCUAGGGAUGGAUUUCCUUGGACUGAUCCUAACGGUGACUGCCGCUCUACAGUGUGCCGGUAGGCAUUUGCUGCAUUAUGAAUUUAAUUACUGAACUUUUUUUUUCUCUUUUUUUUUUUAAAUUCCAAAUAAAUAAAUUGCCACUUUCAGGUCUUCCCCAUAUGCAAAAACGCAUCAAAUUUGAAGGCAAUUACACGCUGUCGACUGCCAUGAUUCCUGCUCAGAUUCGUACCGACAUUUUUUAAAAUGUUAUUUAAAAAGUAAUGCUGACAUAUUGCAAGCAUUUUUGGGGUACCGACCCCCUUUUUUUUUUUUGCAGUCAUUUGAACAACAGUUUAACCAAAUAUUAUCCUUGACUUCUGAUUCCAAAAAUAGUUAUCAAUCAAUAUGUUGUGGGUAUGUAAUAAUAUUUUUGUCUUCUCAUCUAUGGACCCACCCAAAACUUUGAAGCAUGACCAAACAACUUUUCCCUUCCCCUCAGCCACAUCUGAGCUUCGUUGUGAGGGGCUCAACUUGGCUUCUUUCCUGCUCCUGGAGGGCGAAUCCCUUCACUUUGUUCCGUACGUCCUACAAGACUCCGAGAUCGCCCCAAACCAGUACACCUGGUUCCGAAUCAACUCCAGCAACAAGCUGGUCGUCCUCCCAUCCAAUGAGAAUGAGAGGAUUCACUACCACGGCAGCAGUCUAUUGCUGUUGAACGCCACGCAGGAGGAUUCCGGCUGCUACAUAGCUCGUUGGCGGAACUACUCGGACCAGCCGUGGGAGAACUAUUAUGUCAAAGUCAAAGUUGUGGAAGCGCAUCGUCGAAAUGACAAGCUGCUCUUCCACGGAAGUCUGGAUGUCUCCGGAAGUAACACAGACGUGGUAUGUCCUGACCCGGUGAGUGACACCUGCCAGAAAAUGGGCGGAGUCAUCAGCUGGCAAAAGGUGAGGACACGCCUACUCUAUAUGCGCUUUUAUUUCAGCAGGAAAAAAUGUUUCGGGGCAUUUUUCCUCCAGAACUUCAAUCUAAUUCCUGGUCGACGGGAACCUCAGAUGUGGCUCUACAACGUCACACCGAAGGACGAAGGCGUGUACACGUGUGUGUGCACGUGGAUUCACAGGAACAACACGUACAGGUCGUCGGGCUCCAGGGAGCUCAAAGUCAAAUGUGAGUCCGCGCGUUUUAAAAAAAAUCAUCAGGCUUUUUAUCCGUUCCACUUCUCUCCGCUGACCAUCUUGUCCCCCACGAAGAAGGAGAUGCUCAUCUACGAGGGUGAUCCAGUUCAGCUCAACUGUUCCGUGUUUUGCGGCAUCAACGUGCAUUCUCACUGCUCGGCUAAAUGGCAGCUGGACGGGAAGGAUGAAGAUUGGGUCGGAUACGCUCAGAACACCGACGUCUCCAUCCUUCCACCGUCCCAGUUGACGGUCGCCACAGCAAUCCUCAGCAUCUCCAAAGUGUCGUCCAAAGAUUUCCCAAAAGAACUGAAAUGCGUCGGCAGAAGCCGCUACAUGAAAAGCGAGCGGUCCUUGACUCUGCGCUCUGGAGGUUCGCUCACUCCGGUGUUCGUUGGUGGGGUGUGUGUUUUGGUGUUGUGCGCGGCUGCCGUGUUCCUGGUCAAAUUGUUCAUUGUGGACAUUAAACUUCUCUUAAGACCUUACUUACCCACGGGCGACUGCAAUAAAGCUGCAGACGUGAGGCAGUACGACGCGUUGGUUUUGUGCGAGACGCAGAAGGCGGGCGAGAAGCAGCAGCAGGAGGCCGCUUUGCGUCUGGCCGCUUUCAUGGACGAGCUGGUGUCGGUCCUGGAGAAACAAUGCCGAUAUCGACUCUUCAUACAACACAGGGACAGCUUACCAGGAGAAGAUCGCGUUGCACAGGUGCAGCGUGCCAUCGAGCAGAGUCGCAGUCUGAUGCUGGUUAUCUCCGACCACCCAGAAUCGUCCAAUCAGCAGCCUGACUCCUCCCCUCACCUCGGCAUGGCUGGCUUUGAUUGGCAGGCGGGUCUGCACCACGCCCUGACCCGGCACAAAAUGGCCGUCAUCGUCAUCCAGGUGGGCCAAACCGGGGCAGCGGGGUAUGCCCACCUGUCAAUGACCCUGCGCCACCUGCUCGCCAAGAACGCUCCACUCAAGUGGUCGCCCAAGUCUCGCUUGGCCGCCACACGCCACUCGCGCUUCUGGAAGAAGGUUCGAUACCUGAUGCCCACCAGGCCAGCUGCGCCCGCCAACUGACACGCCUGGCAUUGAUGUUUUUGGCCACAAGAGGGAGACAAACACAAGAAUGUAAUGUGUUUCAAAUAGCAUCCCUGCCUUGGAACCCUAAACCAUCCUUCAAAUUCUCAUUCCAAACCCAAACCCUGCCGUGAAACUCUAACCCUAGCUACAACUCUUGAUUUGAAACCUUCAUCUUGGUUUGAAACCCUAAUUCUAAACAUUAUUCUUCUUUGACACCCUAACCCAGACUUUACAACCAUACUUUGAUAAUCCUAACUAUUUCAUGAAACUUUUACACAUUUUUUAACCUGUGGCCACAUCUUUGCCCCCGGGCCUUGAGUUUGACACCUGUUUUAAACCCAAACGCCGCCUAAAAAACCCUCCUUUACACCCUCGACUCUUGUUUACAACGCAAAUGUGAAACCUUAACCUUUCUUUGAUUGCUUUUCAACCAUUAAAAGCGCCGGCACAAAAACUCUGCGGAUUUGUCUGCAUGCAUGCUGUGCACAUGGCCCCAUAUGACCUUUAACCCCUCUCAUUUGGAUGUGUGUGCACGUGCUCGUGUACGCGUGUGGGACGGCGGCACACUCCCGCUGAAAGGGAAACGGGGGGGAAGGGAAGGUUCUGUAUGUUUAGCUUGGCAGCUGGGAUCUGCUCCUUGCUUUUGUUUCCCUUUGACCUUUGUGACCCGACACUCGCCCUGUCGACCCGCACACAC